GAAGCGGAAGCGCAGUACACUUCCGGCUCGCAGCAGGCGGCCAUGUUGGAGCGGCGGAGGCGGCGCAGAGGUGCGUCCUGGGUCCCCGCGGCGGCGCCGGUGCCAAGUGCUGGUUUGUGGAUACCCAGACAGAUUCCCAGUGCCUAAUGCCAUGAGCAUGGUAGUGCAGCAUGUGGAGGAGAAAGCUGUGCACUCCUGGUCACGCAUCUCCACGGCAGGGAAGAAAGCCCUGGAAGAGGCGCUGCUUGUGUUUAAUCCCAUGAGCCAGGAUCUCAGUGCCACAGAGGCCCAGCUUGUGGCCUUCCUACAGGGCCUACGAGACGAUGGCUUCCAACCGACCAUUCUGCGAAGUGGUGAUGUCUAUGGCUAUAGUUCAUGCACAGCCAACCCCCCCAGCCAGACAAAGCUACAAGCUCGCGCCACCAACCCGUCUGCCACAGCACUUCCAGCCAGAGGUCCCCAGACUGCUGUGCCACUUCCUGCAAGCAAGGCCACACUGCUCCCUGUGCCACUGUCUGGCAGACUGGCUAAGGGAUCCACACCAGCCCUGGCCAAGCAUGCUACCACUAACCUGCUGCUGAGCUCCCUGAAGCAGUCCAAUGCCAGCCACACCAGUGGUACAACAGUCGGCUUCCCUGCCCACCUCUAUCCAGGUGUCUACCCGGCCAUGCGGCUCUCUGUGGUCCUCGAAGCACUGGUCCCACUCAAGACUCCUUGCUUGGGGCGUAAACACAGGGCACAGGCACAUCAGCCAUCACUCGCAAACUCUUCCCUAAAACUGAAGAAAGGUUCGGGGAACCCACAGUCCAAAGCAUCCAGAAAAAUCACAAGCAAAGGCCUCAAAUGCCUGAGUAAGAAACGUCCUGGGGCUGAUCAGCGAGGGGCUGGGACCCAGAGCAGUGGCCUACGCAUGAAAGGGUGUUCCACCUCGGGCACCAAAACAGUUCAGGCCAAGGCAUCUCGAACACUGACCAAAACUGCUCGUGCCCAUGCCAGUCUAGCUCAAACCCACAACAAGACAGCAAGGGCCAGGGCCAAGGCAGCAAAGGCCAAGCCCAGGGCAGCCAGAGCCAAAGCCAAGGCCACUGUGGUGAGGGACAAGGCCAAAGCCAAGGCCACUGUGGUGAGGGACAAGGCCAGAGCCAAGGCAGUCAAGGCCAAGGCCAAAGCAGCUCGGAGCAAGCACAAGGGAAAGCCAAAGGGAUCUGUCCAUACCAGAACUGGAAGGGCAAGCCUGAAAAAUUGCCCUGAGACUGUGGGAAAGAAGAGGAAGAAAGCCGAGGAGUCAAGGGGUCUCCCUCCUAAGAAGAGAGCACGGCUUGUGCUCCGAUCCCCUAAGGCAUGGCUGGGGCCUGGAAAGAAACCUUACGAGUCCCAGACUAUAAAGGUAGACAGGAAAUGCUCAGAUGAUGAGGUUCGACAGUGGGCCCAGCAGAUCCUCCGUGUGAACCUCUCUCCAGUAGUGUGGCUCCAGCCAUUGCUACUGUCUUGAUUCCAUACUCAGCAUCCUGAGCUGUCCAUGUGACCAGCAGCACAGUGCCCUGCUCGUGGACUCUGCAGCUCCCUGGACUCUGGGUACCUUCCGGACUCCUGUGGUCACCAACCUCCUUUCAAAAACUGAGGAUUUGGGAAGGGGUGGGUGCGGGAGGGGUGUUCUCAUGGCUCUGCACUGUGACUUGUUUCUCGAGUUGUAUGUCGAUGUUCAUCUAUCAUGUUUUAUACUUUCCACCUGUGGUCUCCCUGCUCACCCUCCAUGCUCUCGCUGAUGGUUGAUUUUGGUGUGUGGGCUGCUGACAGGAGCCCGCCAGAAGUAGCCCUGAGAACAGGCUUGCAGAGAGUACCCUGGCAGCUUGAAUGAAGCAGGCCAUCGGUCUGAAUGCUAGGGUGAUAUUAUGGAAGGACAAAGCACCCAGGCUUCUGGAGAGAUGUGGGGAAAUUCGGGUGCUGGCUUCUGUGAGAGAGAUCCUGAGGGCGGGGCAGAGCCACUACAAAGUAGGACAACUCACCUUGAGUGUCCCAGUUUUGAACCAGAUGGGCCCCAUUCAAGAUGGGGAGCCACUCUGGCAGACCCCACAGCUGCAGGGUUUUAGGCCAGGAAAAGAAGCCUUUGCUGUACUGCUCUCUAGAGGCCAAGCUUUAGGGCUCUGCCUGGGCUUGUCUGGGGAGAGGAAACAGGCUUAAAAGGUGUGAAGUGCUGCUUCUCUGCUGAAAGUGACUAGCCUCAGUUUUCCCCAGAGGCUGGGCUUCGAAUCUGGGCCACUAAACCUGCCCUUACUGUCCAAAAAUUUUUGUUAUGAUAACUGGUAGUGGAUACAGGAAGGCAUCUACCUGUACCUCAGCAAUGCUUUCUGACUGGAUUCCACAUGCUCCAUCUUCCUCAGAGGUCCAGCCUUACCGUCCCCUAACAUGGCCUGUGCUUUGGACAUUGUUGUUACCUUCUGCUUUGGAGAAGAGGCUGGGUCAUCUGUUAUCCACUGUCCACUGCUAGCCGCUCAGGCUGGAGGAAGGUAGUGAUUGGGAGGUAGGGAUUAUGCAAUCCCUGUACUUGGGAGUUUGAGUUUGAGGUCAGCAUCAGCUACAUGGUGAGGACCCCUCCCCCAACCUUUAUUUUGUUUUUUCGAGAUAGGGUUUCUCUGUGUAGCCCUGGCUGUGCUGA